AUGUCAAUUGAUAAAUCCAAAUUAGUUACUAGAUUAGGUAAAUCUGGUUUAAAAGUUAAUACCAUUGCUAUUGGUACUAUGAGAUUAGGUUCAAACUGGAUGGGAUUUAAUGGUGAUAUUGAUGAAUGUUUACAAAUUUUGAAAUUUUGCUAUGAUAAUGGAUUCCGUACUUUUGAUACUGCUGAUGCUUAUUCUAAUGGUAAAUCUGAAGAAUUGUUAGGUUUAUUUAUUAAGAAAUAUGACAUUCCACGUGAAAGAAUUGUUAUUUUAACUAAAUGUUAUUUCCCAGUCAAAGAUUCUACUGAAGAAGGUAUGGGUGAGGUUGAUGAAGUUGAUUUUAUGAAUGGCAAAGGAUUAAGUAGAAAACAUAUUUUGGCUGCAGCUGAAGCAUCUGUCAAACGAUUGGGUACUUAUAUUGAUGUGUUGCAAAUUCAUCGUUUGGAUCGUGACGUUACAUAUGAAGAAAUCAUGCACUCCUUAAAUGAUGUUGUUGAACAAGGGUUAACAAGAUAUAUCGGUGCAUCCUCGAUGAAGACAUGGGAGUUUAUUGAAUUGCAGAACGUUGCUAAAGCCAAUGGAUGGCACCAAUUCAUUUCUAUGCAAAGUCAUUAUUCAUUGUUAUACCGUGAAGACGACAGAGAAUUAAACGAUUAUUGUAAAAAACACGGUAUUGGUUUAAUCCCAUGGUCUCCAAAUGCCGGGGGUAUGUUAUGUCGUCCAUUUGAUUCUGAUAAAAAUAAACAAUUUUUAGAAAACAAACAAUGGGCAGGAAUUUUUGGUUUGAGUAAUGUCAAUGAAAAUGAUAAAGCUAUUGUCAACAGAGUUGAAGAGUUGAGUAUCAAAUAUAAUGCUUCAAUGAUGCAAGUCUCUUUAGCUUGGUGUAUUGCUAAAGGAGUUGUCCCAAUUGCUGGUGUUUCCAAGUUUGCUCAAGCUGAAGAAUUAGUUGGUAUUUACAAAGUUAAUUUGACUGAAGAGGAUAUUAAAUAUCUUGAUGAACCUUACCAUGCUAAAGAUUUAGCACCACUUAUUGAAUAA